AUGACUCCACUGAUGCAUGCAGCAUAUAAGGGCAAGGCAGAUAUGUGUCGACUGCUGCUGCAGCAUGGGGCUGAUGUGAACUGCAACCAACACGAAUAUGGAUACACUGCUCUCAUGUUUGCCAGCCUGUCAGGGAAGACAGACAUCACCACCAUGAUGCUGGAUGCAGGUGCAGAGACAGACCUGGUGAAUUCUGUGGGUCGCACUGCUGCUCAGAUGGCAGCGUUUGUAGGCCAGCACGACUGUGUAACAGUGAUCAACAACUUCUUCUCGCGGGCAAGGCUGGAGUACUACACCAGACCACAGGGGCUGGAAAGUGAGCCCAAGCUGCCCCCAAGGUUGGCAGGGCCCCUGCACAAGAUUAUCAUGACCACCAAUCUCAACCCGGUCAAGAUAGUCAUGCUGGUGAGGGAGAACCCCGUGCUGGUGGAUGUGGCCGCUCUGGAGAAGUGUUACCAGGUGAUGGACCUGCUGUGUGAGCAGUGCGUGAAGCAGCAAGACAUGAACGAGGUCCUGGCCAUGAAGAUGCACUACAUCAGCUGUGUGCUGCAGAAAUGCCUGGCCUUCCUACAGAAACAAGAUGACAAGCUGGAUGCACUUGUUAAGAACCUGUUGAGGGGGAGGGACAGUGAUGGCUUCCCACAGUACCAGGAGAAGUUCAUUCGGAACUGCAUCAGGAAGUUUCCUUAUUGUGAGACCACACUCCUUCAACAGCUGGGCAACGACCCCACAGCAUUCGCAGUGCUGACUCAGGCCCUGACAGGUCAGAUGGUGUUUGCGGACGCGGACUAUUGUGUUACAUGUGGGGAGAAGGGAGCAGACAAGAGGUGCUCCCUCUGUAAAGCAGUAACUUACUGCAGCUUGACCUGCCAGAAGCUCCACUGGUUCACCCAUAAAAGGAUGUGUAUAUCUCUGCAAGAGCAGAACCUGGACCUGGAGAAGGACACUCCAAGGCUGAAAGAACUGAAAGAUGAUGAAAGCGACCUGGUGACGGAGACAGCCAACUUCCUGCAGGAGCUGUGUCUGCGGGCGGAGGAGAAAGUGGCUGCUGUUGCAGGGUGUCCCGCAGAGCUCCUUGUCUAUCCCUCCACCUCUGCUGAGGAACCCCAGCGCACCCAAGACUGA